AUGUUUAUUUUUACUCCAUACCUUUGUUUCAUUUCAGUCCCAUUACGUGCAAGUUCCAUUGAUAUUCAUCCGAAUGCAAAAUGGUCACAGAAUGGUAUCACUGUUGCUGGAGGAAAUGGAGAAGGCAGUGAACCCAAUCAACUCAAUUUCCCAUGUGGCUUUUACGUCGACGAGGAUCAAACGAUUUACGUCGCUGAUUGUUGGAAUCACCGUAUUGUGGAAUGGAAAUCUGGUGCAACGAAUGGAAAAAUAGUUGCUGGUGGAAAUGGAGAUGGAACUCAUCAAUUAAAUGGCCCACAAAAUGUGAUUAUCGACAAAGAGAGCGAUAGUCUCAUCAUCAGCGAUAGAGGGAAUAACAGAGUAGUUCGAUGGCCUCGUCGAAAUGGUACUCAUGGAGAAACUAUUAUUUCGAAUAUCGCUUGUCUCGGUUUGACAAUGGACGACAAUGGUUCUCUCUAUAUCGUUGAUAAUGAAAAACAUGAAGUGAGACGAUAUAAAACUGGUGACACUAAAGGAACAGUGGUUGCAGGUGGUAAUGGAAAAGGAAAUCGUCUUGAUCAACUCUACUAUCCCACCUACGUAUUUGUCGAUCGAGAUCAUUCAGUUUAUGUGUCUGAUUAUUUCAAUUGUCGUGUCAUGAAAUGGGAAGAAGGUGCAACACAAGGCGUUGUUGUAGCCGGUGGUCAAGGACGAGGAAAUAGUCUUACACAAUUGUUUUAUCCUCAAGGAGUCGUUGUAGAUCAAUUGGG